AUGCUAUCGAAACUGAUUAGACGAAAUCAAUCCUCUUCAGUUGUUUUUAUCCAACAAUGUAUGCGUUCAUCGGUGUUGAAUCCAUCCAGAACCAACGAUGAAAUUCGGUUUGAUUCCAUUACGACAGCGUAUGGAUAUAAGUCGAAAUAUGAAUUAUAUCGCGGUUGGGCGGUUUUCAAACUCUGCUCGUAUACAUCGCUUGUUAAUCGUCUUACUCAGUUAUUGAAUAUCUCGCGUACAAUUCUCGGCCGAUCUGUGUUCGAAUCGAUUAUGCGUUCUACUCUCUAUGGGCAUUUUGUUGCCGGAACAGAUAAGUCCGAAUUAAAACCAAUUGUGGAAAGAUUAAGUCAGCAUGGUGUUAAAUUAAUCCUCGAUUAUUCCAUGGAAUCGGAUGUGGCAACUGAUCAUCUAGUGACCACGGCCCAAUCGAACCAUAGUAUCUACGAUGAAAACUUGCUAAAAUCCUUGAAAAAUGUGCAAACAGCAUCGGAAUUAUCAGGCUCAUCAGCCAUUACUGCGAUUAAAUUUACCGCAUUCAUUUCACCAGAUGUCCUUCAGAAAUUAAAUCAAGCUGUUGAACAACAUCCCUCCGAUCAACAGUCUCUAUUCGAACUGGCAUCGAAAUCUUCGCUUAUAAGCAAACAUGAAUUGAUCGAAAUAGAACAUUUCAUACAACGAAUAAAUCGUAUUGUGCAAGAAGUGAAACAGCAUCAAGGAAGAGUAUUUAUCGAUGCCGAACAAUCCUAUUUUCAAACAGCUAUUCAUAAAUUAGUCUUGGAACUACAAGAAUUAUACAAUCGAGACCGUAUAAUUGUCUACAAUACCUAUCAGUGUUAUCGAAAGAUAACACUUAAAACAAUCCAAAAUGAUUUAGCACGAGCGAAAACGAAGGGGUUUUCGAUUGGAUUCAAACUCGUUCGAGGUGCUUACAUGGAUCAAGAACGAAAACGAGCAGUAGAACUGAAUACGAACGAUCCGAUUCAUCCAAAUUUUGCCGCAACAACUCAGUGCUAUCAUCAAGCAUUUAAAGAAAUCCUUAAGGAUGCAAAAAAUCAUCCUAAUCAAUUUCAUGUUUUCGUUGCCAGUCACAAUGAAGACACGGUGAAAUUCGCUCUUCGAACCAUGGAUGAAAUGAAUGUGAAACGUAAUGAUGGUCUCGUUGCAUUUGCCACCCUCUUCGGCAUGUGUGAUUAUCUUACAUUUCCACUCGCUGCUGUUGGCUAUGAUGCUUAUAAACUGGCACCAUAUGGACCCAUUGACCGUCUUCUACCGUAUUUAACACGUCGAGCACAAGAGAAUCGAGCAAUAUUUGCUAAAGCUGAAAAAGAUCGUCAAUUACAUUAUAAAGCAUUGAGAGAGAGAAAUUGA